GAUCAAGGAAGAAGAGCGUUGGUGUUCUGGCAGCUAUGACAACGAAGUUUGAAAGUUGUCCGAAUGGCUUCUCUGAAGAAGAAGAAGAAGAAGUUUUCCUCCUCUAAAGUUCACCAGAAGUCUCUGAAGUGUGAAGUUCAUCUGGACAUUCACACAGUCACAUGUCCAGGAGUGCUUCUGUCGAGAAAGAACAAGGUCUACCUGAGUGUGUGUAUCAUGGGCCAGUACAGGAAGACUCCCUGUUUGCCUCCUGUCUUCCCUGUACUCUUUCACCACAAAAUGGUGUUUGUCAAGACUUUCCCCGGCGUUGUUGACCCUGCUGAUGUAGCUGAACUCCUCGAAGCUGACACAACAUCUUUUGAGCUGAUUCAGUUGGUGCCUCCAGGGGGUGAGAUCCUCGCCACAAUGGAGGAAAGCAGCAGAGAUUUCUUGUUCCCUGGUCCCAGACUGAGCUCAGGAGAACGAGCGGCAGAGAGAGAAAUACUGAUGAAGAGGUCCUCAUUCUUUCCUGGAAUCUCCCUCAAAGUGGAGUUCACAACGACAUCAGUCGUAGAGGAGAGUGAUGGGAGAGAAGGCUGGCCGGCCUCGCCUAACUGCUGUCUUUCUCCCGUGAAGCCAUCUUUAACCCUGGCCAGACAAAGCUCGGAGAAGAAGUCUUCACCGUCCAGGAAUUUCUCCAGGACGGAUGAUGGGGACCAUGUCUCUUCGAGAGAUGGAAAAGAAAAGCUAAAUAUUGAGGCGAACAUUCCAAACUCUGCACCGCCAUCAUCAUCCAGACAUCAUCCCCUUCCUUCUUCACCCCCGUCUGGCCACAGUCACCAGAAACAGAAGAAGGAAAGAAAACAAGCUUCUGUCGACUGUGGCUACCAGCAGCCCACAGUUUCCUCAAGGACUCGAGCCCUGUCCCCUUACACUCAUCGCAAGAUGUGCCAGCUCUCGGAGGACGCCAGGCAGAGGCUCAGCCACCUCCAGCUGGGGCCUCACCACUUCAGGAGGGAGACUGAGAGCCAGCCGCCCUUUUUGGUCUCUCAUUGCUGUAGUGACUCGGUGAUGGUGACUCCAUCCUCCUCUCCACACAGUGACAGCUUGCAUCGACGCUCUCCUUGCUUCUCAGUUAAUCAAACAGAUUCUUCCCUCCUGGGCAGUUACAGACCAAGAAAAGCCAGAGUGAAGUCAGGAUCUGUGAGGGUGCAGUUGUCUCCAGAGACACAGUCCAGACAUGAAGCCAAAAACUCUGUGAUAGAUUCUGAUCCUGCUCAAUCUGCCCUGGCUACGCCAAUUUCCAGACGUCGUCUGGAUUUCAGCAACAAUUCCAUCAGAGAAAGGCUCCAGACCAGUCAGCCCAGUCCAUCCCACUGGGAGGAGAUCCACAGCCGAGUCCAGAGGAUCCUGCAGACACACAGAACAACCUGGGACCACCGAGUGAAGUUUGACCUUUAACCUUCUGAUCUUAAAGUAACCAAAUAAUUGGAAGUGACACUGCAAAGAUUUCUUACUGUUGAAAUGCACAGAUCAUGAUCAGCUUUGGUCUGCACUAACCUGUUGAUGCAUACUAACACAAACACACUUUUUUAAGCUAAAGAAUCAUCACUCAAUUCGAUAUUCAUUUACAUAUCAAACCUCCGAGGCACCUGCUGAACAGUUUUUGUCAUCAUUACGCUUAGAAAACGAAGGUAAUGUUCAAACGUGUGUAGCGGCUCCUCUUCCCUCCCACCCGUCAGCUGGGCUGUGUUUUAAGACAGGUGGAGGGGGGACAUGGUGAAUGUAAGCUGCAGCUGUUAGGAGCUCAUCCCUCGAAACACAAAAGAGAAACAAAGAGGUAGCCAAGAGCCACCGUAGAGAUUUAAGGGAGAGAGGAACAAAAAUAGAAUCCUUUUCCUACUGUAACAUGUCAGAAUGUCUCAUGUGAAAAACUAGAAUUACCACCCUGUUGUUGUGUCCCUCAAGCAACCAGUGAAGGGUCAGUCCCAUCUGGUGUUCCCAACAUAUUGCAUUCACAGUAAUAUACUGUAUACACUGUGACAUUGACCUUUGACCCCUGACAUCAGUUAAUCCGUGAAUCUAAGUGAACAUUUGUGCCAAAUUUGAAAGGAUUCUCUCAAGGCAUUCUUAAGAUAACAUGUUCAAAAGGCAAAAAAGGGUUUGUAAGGUCACUGUGACCUUUGACCUGCGACAGUGAGUCUGACUGAACUUUUGUACCAAAUUCAAAGAAAUUUCCUCAAGGUGUUGUAGAGAUAAAGUGUUCUGUCGCCGGUGCAGAGGCAUAAAAUCCCAUGUGACGGUAUUAAACAAAGGAGCUUGCAUCUAUUAUUACUGUUAGAUAAAUUAAGUGCAGCUGUGUUAUUAGAUAUUUAUUUUAUAUUAAGUAAAGGAAAUAUUUUAUAUUUUAUGUUACAAAUGGUGAUUACACUGAAUGAUCUGGUUUUCUUCAAUGCAAUGCGUACAUUUAACUAAAUGUGCAAAGGAUCUGAUUAAUGAUCUAACUCCACCCAUGUGUAUUCCCCAUAUUGAUGAAUACCUCAGUCAGCAGGUGUCAGAUUGUGCUGCUCACUUCAAAAGACGGCACGUUACAGAAACUUCCACUACUGUAAAAUACGCUGCAGAAUCUGACAGUCAAUAAAGUUUUUUUUUCUGUGAAUCCUCAACACAGCAGAAAAUGAUGUGACUGAUACAGAUUCUUGGUCCUGUAUGUAUACAUUUAUCGCUCGGGCUCUACUGGGGAUAGAAGUUUUUAUACGAUUAUAUUUAUACUGCAGGUAUUAUUUAUAAGUGUUUCUGGUACAUCACCAAACUGCAUUUGAUUUUCAAUUGAAAUAUUAAUUUUGCAUUUUCAAAUGAAGGAAGCCUAUUGUUAAGUUGAAAAUUCAUAUAAAAUCCUUUAUUUGAAGUUUUUAAUGUUUAAUUAUUGCUCUGCAGUUUAGGUUUACAUUGAGUUUCAGUAUUAAUAUUGUCAGUGUUUCUGAAUAUUAAAAUGUGUGAUAAUUCAAAUAGCUGCUUGAAGUUGAUUGUGAUUCUUAAGUCAUGUUUCAAUGUGUUGAACUAAUUCAGUUCAUCUUCUGCUCAUUCUGCUUUGUUUAUGUUGUGAAACAAAAUCACUUAUUGUAUUUUACUUUGUUUCUCCCUCGUUGUGUAUUUUUUGUUAUUACAAAAACAGUCAAUUAAAAGGUUGAAUAAUGUGA